AUGUUCCUUGGGAUUCUACCCGUGCAAAGAACAGGGAACGAGACGAAGAAAGUGACAUUCCGGUUCUGGAGUUUCCCCUUCUUCUGGUCUCUUCUCAUUAUCUCUGCAUACAUAACUUCCAUGGCGUGCUUAGUGCCUCUCUUCCAGAAGUACGCCGAUCGGUACUUCUUCACGCUGGCAGACCGCAUCGGUUCCUACGUCAUGGUCAUUGCCGGAUGCGGUUCCGUUCUUACCUACGUCUCAUCGCAAACGAUGACAGCGCGGAAGCUUCCGUCUCUUCUGGAAGACCUCGACGCGACGUGGAAGGGAGUGGAGCCCCUGAAGGAAUCCUGCUCGGCCGCAGCCCACCGUCGAUCGUUCCUCUUCACGGUCAUCGGCUCGACCUGCUUCUACCUCGGGAGCGUCUCCACGUGCUGGAGCAUGGUCCAGGGAUUCUCCUACCUGGCGCCGAUAGCGUGCUUCGUCCUGUGCGCGGUCGUGGAGGCGGGGAUCGUGACUCUCUUCCUGAUCAUCUCUCUUUCGUGCCAGGUCCUGAAGACGAUCCUGGAGGAGCGCGCGAGGGAACUGCGGUGCGCCGAGAAACCCCUGCGGAGAGGCGAGGCCCUGGCCCUCUACUUGGACACGCAUCUGCGCGCGUCUCGCUUGUGCAGGAGGCUCUCGUCCGCGUUCCAUCCCACUCUCUUCCUGAGCUUUCUCACGGAUAUCGCCUUCACCGUCUUAUACGCCUUCUUCAUAAUCUCUUACGCCAUGAAGGGGUACUGGCUCAUGGCUGGGACGGCUUUGGCGAAAGCUUUGUUUUGCGACUUCCUCGUCUUCUCCCUCUGUAGGACUGCUGACAGUCUCUCUUCAAAGGCAGAAGAGAUCAUCCUCGCCCUCACAAAUGACGAGACCUUGAGCCUAGACCGAAAAUCCAGGAAUCAGGUGGUUCAUUUCGAGGCCCAGACGAGAACUCACCAGGUGAAACUGCAGGCGUCGGGAUAUUUCACCCUCGACAAGGCUCUUCUGACUUCUGUGGCGAGUAAUAUGCUGACGUACCUCAUAGUUUUACUGGAAUUCCGUGUGGAGUGAAUCAUUUUGUGUCCUGCUU